AUGCUUUCAAGCCGUUUUCUUCAACUGUGCUUUCGAUCCCCACCGUAUCUCUCCUAUUUCCUCACAGAAUCCUUUUUUUCCUUCAUCCGCCGCCAUUCACUUCAAUCGCUCUCACUUCCUCUGAUCUCCAUCGAUCUCUCUUCAUCGCUUACCGCUCCAUCAUCCGCCCACAAUCAUCGUCCAACACCAUUGCCAAUCGGUACCUGCUUCUACCAUAUUCACACCGUCUCCACCUCCGAUGGCUAUCAAAUCCACAUAAUUUUCUCAUAUGAAUCUUCUUUGCAAGUGAUUUGGCGGUGGUUGAGAUGGAGUGGGGAUUCCGACCUCCAUGAACAAAGUUGCUCCAAUUUCAAUAUUCAGUUGCCUAUUUUUUGCCCUCUUCUACUUCUUCUGAUGGCGUUGUUUGAUUUCAACAUCUGUGUUGAGGUAAGUACGAACCCAGGUUCAAAUUUCUUUUGGGGUUUUAGCCCGAUUCUGAGACGGAGCUUGAUUAGAUGA